AUGUUCAGCACCCACCCUCCUUUCGCCUACGAGCACACAGAGGACUCGAUCCUCGCUCGACUGCGAUGUGACAUGCCAUCGUCAAUGGCUUACAAAGAACAGCCGAUCCACAGUUGCGGAGCGGAGAGGACCCGCAGAUUAUCGCUCCCAGCAAUCCACCGUGUAGCCGUGGAUCCAGUCCCCGGCACCAGCAAGCUGCCUUUCCCUCCACCGAGACGCAGUCUGACAGCUCCAGGCGAGACUGUCCGUGGCGACGAACGUAUUGCCUCCGACUGGCCGGACUCGCCAGAUGCUGUAUCAGAUCACGACGACUGGACGAUUGUGGAGCCCAUUGAGGCAUUGAAUGCCACAGACAAGAGCGCCAACAAGUCCGGCGUGAAUCGCUGCCCACGCUCACCAGGAUCGUCGAGUCGAUUGUUUGGAGUCCGUGCAAGUACGCCGUGGUGCUUGGUGAAUGUAGUACGGCGUGGACGAGGUAGCGCUGCCCAAAUUGUACUCAAAGAGGAAACUGAUCUGGAGGCUAUGUGA